AUGAUUACUCGCGACUUUUUCGCUUGGAAUCCGAUUCACAAGGACCAUGCCACACUGGCAAGGUCCGUGAAGGGUAGCUACAUGAAUUGUUUGGCACUCAUGAACUCAAUGGAAGUUAAAAUGGAUCAAAUUCAAGUGUGGUCUGGGUGCAGAUGGAACUCUCCUCGACGCCAGUCAAAUCUGAUGGCAUGUCACUCGACUCGUAUCCCACGCCCUGCACCCAAGCUUGUUGACCCCAACAACGCUGUCUUGCACAAACGCAAGGCUAGCAGGUCAGUGGUCACGAGUGAGGGCUCUGAGGAGGAAAGUGACUGUGAAGGAGACCAGAAUAACGGGGUAACUACGGAUGCAGCUACUGACAUGGAUCAUGAGACAGAUAUCGACGGCAUCACCCCCUCCAAGUCUGCUUCACAGUAG